CAAAAACUGCUUUCGGUUUCUUGGACUUUCCCGGGCAUCAUUGGCGGGUUAACAGGGCAAUAUGGCCGUACUCUCGAAAUUAAACUGACCAAAUACAAAAGUUCUAGGGGAAUGGAAUAGCUGACCAUGAUGGCAAUAACAAACAUGACAAAAGAUGGCGUCGGAGGUGCAGGCAUGGCGAAAAAAAAUUUUAGACCAACUUGAAAAAAGAAAAUUUAAGGAAACUAACCAAUUUCAAGAUUUAAUUCAGUCUCAUGAAAAAUUAUUAAACUAUGCAAGCAUAGCCAAACUACGAAACUCUGAACUAGAACUUCAAACUUUUCAAUUAAAACAGGAAAUUUUAGAACUUCAAGGCCAGAUUGCAGUGGGUGGAAGCAAUGGAACAAAUUCAACUAACUCUGACCAGAAUUUAGCACAAAAGAUUUAUAAGUUACAAGAAGAAUUAACAGAAGUACAUCGCACAAAAGGAGAGCAUGCAAACACAAUCAUACAGCUUACAAGUACAUUGAAAGAAAAAGAUACUCUUAUAGCACAGAAAGAAGCAGAAAUUUUAGAUGCACAAAACAACCUUGAAGCAUUGAGGAGAGAAACUUCACGUUUACAUUCAGCCAUGGCUAACCUUGAAACUACGAGUCAGACAAUAAAAGAUGAAUACCAGGCAUUACAGCUGUUAUAUAAUUCUAUGGAGGAGAAGCUGAUUAAAACACAGACAGAGAAUAUGCAGCUUGUUGAACGCUGGAUGAUUGAGAAAGCCAAAGUUGCUGAUCAAGUGAAUUUAGAAAACGAAUUGGUAGCUAGUUUGAGGCAGCAGCAGUUGCAAGAGCAAUUACAAGACGCUGCGAACGAACCUAUACACAUUAAAAAAGUGUCUCCUGGUGCAAGUAAUCCACGCACUCAAAGUGUUUCCAGCAUACCACCACCAGCUUUCAUUUGCAUCACAUCCGUUCCUGACAGACCAAUACAAUCUUUGGAAUGUCAUGAUGGCGAGGUAACUGCACUUCGUUUUAGCGUAUCAGGUCGUUAUUUUGUUACUGGUGGAUCCGAUCGAAAAGUCAAAGUAUGGGAAGUAGGACGAGGUUCCUGCAAUCUCACUGCAACUUUGAAUGGUUGCACUGCUUCAGUUAUGUGCACAAGAUUUGAUCUAUCAGAGCGACUAAUUCUUGCAUCAUCGAAUGACAAUGCGUGUAGAAUAUGGAAUCUAUCUGGCAAUAGACUCAUGCACACGCUAACAGGACAUACCGGCAAAGUAUAUUCAGCUAAAUUUCUAGGCACGGAUUCCAGUAAAAUAGUAUCCGGAAGUCACGAUAGAACUUUAAAACUUUGGGAUCUAAGAAGUAAAGUCUGUACAAAAACGAUAUUUGCUGGAUCAAGUUGUAAUGACCUUGUUACUUCUGACCAAGCAGGCACUACCAUAAUCAGUGGACAUUUCGAUAAAAAGAUACGCUUCUGGGACAUACGGUGUGAUCAAGAUAUAAACGAAAUACAACUACAGGGGAAAGUUACGUCGUUAGAUUUGUCGCAAGAUAUGAACUACUUAUUAUCUUGCUCUAGAGAUGAUUCUUUAAAAUUAAUCGACCUUAGGACAAGUCAGAUCGUCUCAACAUACAAAACUGAUGGUUUUAAAGUCGCUUUUGAUUACACGAGAGCAUGCUUCAGUCCCGAUGGGCAGUACGUCAUGUGUGGUGCAUACGAUGGAUCAGUGUUUGUAUGGAACACAAAAACCAACCAUUUAGAGAAAAUCCUUAAAGAGCACAAAAAUGCUGUUGUCGCUACUGCUUGGCAUCCCAAUGGCACGUGUUUGUUGUCAUGUGACAAAAACAAACACGUGGUUCUUUGGACGGACGUAUAAAAUCGUUUCGUUUCACCUAAAGCUUUAACGAAGAAUGUACCGUUUCUCCGCGCGGGUGGAAAGUAAAUGCCGAUACAUUUAAUUGAGUAAAUGUCGGUACUAGUUAAGUUGGAUGUUGUUUGACGUACCGUGCUAUUAAAACUCUACUGAAAAACGGAAUCCAAAAGCAAAACGCUAACUAAGGUGUUCGCGAGUAGACUAGAAUUUAGAUUUAGGUUUUUUUAACUUGAACUUAAAUCUUUCCCAAAUGACUUAUACGGCUUCAAUUUGCCGUCUAAUGUUUGUUAACGUGUUUUUUUUAAUAUAUUUUUUCCGAUCAAAUCGUCGUAGUUAAAGUCAUAAGUCCUUUUCCGUGUUUAAAUUAUUACCUUUGAGGGUCAGCAUAAACAGGGUUCUUGAAAAAGAAAUACGGUUGUUCCAGUUUUUUAUUAACUUCUGAUUUUCAGUUGUGACGUCAUCAUAUUAGUAAUUACAAGUGGUGUAGUAAUCAUAAAUUAGCGACUUUGCAAAAUAAGGACAGGGCUAUCUGCGACGGAGAACGUAUUAGACGUUUUCAACGCGCAUGUGCAGAUCAGGGUAAGACCCAAAAAAACAAAGUUGCCGUUCGUCCCUUAGACUUGAGAAGAACCUUUUUUUUCUAAUUUUCGUGUGUUUAAUUGCUUGUUGUUGGUUUAUUUGCAAUUUUGACAGUAGCCAUAGUUGUUUUGUUUUAUUUCACGUUGUUGCUCCCGUUUCCAUUUUUUUAAUCAAUUUUUGGCGGUUUUUUUUAUAGGGCGGACUUUCACAAAACGUUAUUGACAAAAUCGUUGCAGAUAAUCAGUGUUCUUGUUUUGUAAAGUCCCUGUUGUCUCUCUUCUCGUUCAUUUUGGCUUGCAACUUUAUAUGACAUGUUAAUUUUUAUAUGGCAUGUAAAUUAUAAUUUUUAUAUUUAAACUUAUUUUGAAAUUAUACAAAUUGCUGGUAAAUGAUUUUUUUCCAUAUUUUCUGAAAUAUGUAGAUUUAACAGAGCUACAAAACAAGAUGUUGAUUUUCGUGACUUACACCAAGUCGAGCUUAUGACAGGAUAAAAAUAACCCAUGCGAACCAAAACAAAAUUAAAUCAUUUUGGAUAUCAUAUUGACGCCAAAAUAUAACUGAAACGUAAGAAAAGUACCUUACAAAUAUUCAAUAUCCGUAAUUUAUUCUACAUGAACAGUUUGUUGCUUUUAAAUCAUUUUUCUGGUAAAAGAAACUUUGAACUCCUUUGCCCUAGCUAGCUAGCUAUUUUCUUCUAAUUUAUGCACAUAAACACACCAAAUUACCACAGUUCAAGCAACAACAAUGAUUAAGUAAAUUAAUAGGGGUGAUGAUUACCUUACGGCUAUUUUGUAUAGCAUUUUUAACAAAUACAGUUCUUCGUGUUGUCUUCUUUACUCAUCAAAACAAACUUUCAAUUUUACUGUUAUCUAUAUUAUAAUGCCCGUAUACGUCUGUCUGUCUGUCUGUCACGCAAAAUGGUAGCUUAGCUGCGCAAUAGCGAGAAGCACGCAAUGCGGUAUAAAAAGGACGGGCGAACCCGUGGAUUUUCCACGGGCUAACGACUAG